ACCUCACUCAUACGCCAUUUUCCUUACGGGGAGGGGGAAUUUCCGGAUAAGGCCGCAGAGCAUAGUGGGAGGAUAAGGCAGCAGAGCAUAGUGAGAGAAAAGGCAGCAGAGCUGGCUACUUGCGCACAGCAUAGUGGGAGGAUAAGGCCGCAGAGCAUAGUGAGAAAUGCUGGCAGAACCUGCAUUUCUAAGUAGAGCAGCUUCUACUUGCUUAAAAUGGCAAUCUUCUACAAGAAAUACCAAUAAAUCCCAUGCUAAGCUCCUUAUAUACGCGAGAAUUCGCCCUUCUCAUUCCAUGGAUGACGAGAACAAGGUCUACAAAGAACUAGGUUUCUUUUCAUUGAAAAAGAAGAUUGAAGAUGCUGUUCUCCGAGCUGAGAUGUCAGCACCAACAGCACUAGAGCUCGAGGAAGUGAGACGGAUCAAGCAGGAGGAAAUAAUGCGUGAUUGCAACCUAUGGGAUGACCCUGUUAAAUCCAAUGAAAUUCUUGGCAGAUUUGCUGAUAGUGCUAAAGCAAUUGAUUCCCUUAAAGACCUAAAAUAUAAGGUUGAAGAGGCAAAACUGAUCUCACAACUGGCAGAGGUGGAAGGCAUCAAUUAUCAACUUUUUAAGCAAGCAUAUAGUGCAUCUUUAGAUGUGAACAAGUUCUUGGAUCAGUAUGAGAUGAUGAAGCUUCUUAAGGGACCAUAUGACAUGGAGGGAGCAUGUGUAAUUAUUAAAGCUGGAUCUGGAGGCCUUAAUGAUGAGAAAUGGGCAGAAGAUCUUCUGAACAUGUAUAUCAAAUGGGCCAAAAAGCUGGGCUACAAAGGCAGGCUAGUUGAGAAGAAUCCUUCUAUGACUGGAUAUGGCCGUGUCCAGUUGGCAACUAUUGAGUUUGAAUUUGAGUGUGCAUAUGGCUAUCUCUCAGGAGAGAGAGGCAUUCAUUGCAUGAUAAAUUCUCAAAAUGGGCCUGUUCAAUAUGAGAAUAGCUCAGCAUGUGUGGAUGUUGUUCCUCUUUUCCUUGGAACGUUUUCUAAUCUUCAAAUCAAUGAUGAGGAUUUGAUUAUAUCAUCCUCACUGCUCAGAAAGGAGAAAAGCCCAACGAAACCGACAGUUUGCAUUCAGCAUAUACCUACUGGCAUGAGUGUCCAGUCCUCAAGUGAAAGGAGUCACUUUGCGAAUAAGAUAAAGGCCCUCAAUCGUUUAAAGGCUAAGCUUCUUGUGAUUGCAGAGGAGCAAAAUGUUUCUGAUAUAAGUAGUAUCAAGAAGGACACCAUUAUGGACAUGUGCCAUAAAGAGACUCGGAGGUAGGGGUGUAAACAAAUCAAGCUACUUGUGAGCUGCACCUGCACGAGGCUCGGCUUGAUAAAAGCUUGACUCAGUUUGGCUUGUUUUAUAAAUGAGCUAAGCUUGAACUUUAUUUUUGGCUCAUUUAAUAAGUGAACCAAGCUCAAAUCAUUUAUAUUCGGUUCAUUAAGGCUCGCAAGCCACCUCAUUUACUGGAACACGAGUAGGUUCAUAAGCGGACUUGUUUAUAAAAAAUUUGUGUUAGUUAUUGUAUGUCAUUAUAGUGUAAAUAUAUCUAUUUUAUUUAUGAUGUUCCAAAAAUAAUAUAUGGUUUUAAACUAUGAUAUAAUCAAUAUAUAAAAUUUUUUAUAAUAUAUAGUUAUUUGGAAUUUAAA